GUCUGACUUUCGGCAUUGAGUCCGGUCCUAUGCCCGUGCGGGGCGAGCAACACACGGGAAAGAACCUGGCUGACCUCCACCUAGAGCAUUUGCCGGACAGGUUCUCGGCAGAUUACUCCCGGUCUGUCGCGCGACAUCCGGGAUAGUGCACUGCAACGUGUGGUUGCUGGCUUCUUCUCAGUCUCCAGAUCUUCUUGCCCUCACAUUGUAAGCUUACUUUACCUAGCUUUUAUUAGUGCAUUCCUUCCUUCAAGUCAUCUUCACUAGCACAUCAGUCCAAGCGACAAUUUCACUCAGCCUAACGAAAACAACUAUCCCCAGCAACUCACAAAUCAUGUCUUCCAGCGAGAAAUUCGAGGGAUGGGUUUCUAUGAACGACGAUGACCAUCAGAAGGGCACGAUGGAGUGGAAAGAGUACACUCCCAAGAACUUCACUGAUGAUGACGUCCAGAUGGACAUCAUCUGCUGUGGUAUCUGCUACAGUGACAUUUCCACCAUGAGCGCCGGCUGGGGUCCUCCCAUCCGACCUCUGGUGGUUGGACACGAGAUCGUAGGCACCAUCACCAAGGUGGGCAAGAAUGUCAAGCACGUCAAGGAAGGCGAGCGAGGUGGUGUGGGUGCCCAAUCCGACUCGUGCCGCUCGUGCCACAUGUGUGACCAGCAGCUCGAGUCCUACUGUGCCAACGGCAUGACUGGUACUUACAAUGGCAAGUACACCAAUGGCAGUGGAAACUCCUUUGGCGGUUACGCUACCAAGUGGCGUGGACCUGGUCACUUUGUCAUUCCCGUUCCCGAUGGACUUGAGUCGCACGUUGCCGCACCUCUGAUGUGCGGUGGUGUGACCAUCUACAGCCCAUUGAAGCGCUACGGCUGUGGUAACCCCGAUGUCCAGACCGUCGGAAUCGUCGGAAUCGGAGGUAUUGGUGCCUUUGGUCUGGCCUUUGCCAAGGCUUUGGGAGCCAAGAACGUCGUUGCCAUUGGCCACUCGCCCAACAAGAAGGACGUCGCCAUGGAACUGGGAGCUACCGACUACAUUUCUACUGGCGACGGCAAGACGAACCCUUUGCUGGAGAAGUACCACAAGAAGAUGGAUCUGAUCAUCGUCACUGCCAACAAUGCCGACCAGCGAUACGACUACCUGGUCCAGUCUCUGCGACCUGGUGGACACGUCAUUGCCAUUGCUGUUCCCGAGAAGCCCGUCAUGCCCAUUCCCAUGGGUGCCAUUCUCUUCAGUGGAGGCAACAUCGGAGGAAGCGCCAUUGGAGCACCUUCUCAGAUUGCUGAGAUGCUGCAAUUGGCCGCUGACAAGAAGCCCAACUUUAUGAUCCAGAAGAGGAAGAUGUCCGAGGCUAACCAGGCCGUGCAGGACAUGGUGGCUGGUAAGCCUCGAUUCAGGUACUGUCUGAUCAACGGCGAGUGACUCGGUGAUGAGGAAGAAAAGGGAAGUCGUAGCGGUCGAUCGCAGUUGUAAUGCAGACGUUUUGUCAAUUGUCGUCCCUUCGUCCCAUUUUCUUCCGACAUCGUUGUCACGGAUGAUCAAAUGGGAAUGCUUCAGUCAUAUAGAAUAGAAGGUUUCACCCUCGUUCGCCACGUAGUCUCGUGCUGACUGUGCGCUGUUUAUGUCGUAUCA